UUCUUGACCUUCCAGCUGUCUACAGCCAUGGCGGCGCUUUCGAUCGUGGCUAUCGCCACAUGCAUGGGGUUCAAGUGCCCCAUCAACGCAAUGCAGAUCCUGUGGAUCAACAUUAUCAUGGACGGGCCACCGGCCCAGUCCCUGGGCGUGGAGCCAGUUCACGGAGCCAUUGUGAAGAGGCCUCCACGUAAGGCGGGGAACCCGGUGAUAUCGACCCGUCUCAUGUGGCGCGUGGUUACGAGCGGGUGUCUCAUCGUGAUGGGGACUCUGUGGGUGUUCAGCCUGGGCAUGACGCAGAACGGCGUAUUGUCAAAAAGCAUGGAGCCGACACGGCGAGAUAGGACCAUGACGUUCACGACUUUCGUCAUGUUCGACAUGUUCAACGCCUUGUGUUGCCGGUCGGCGGACAAGAUCGUGCCCCAGAUGGACAUGUUCGCCAACAUGGCGUUCAUCUACUCUGCCGGAGGGUCCCUUGUCGGCCAGAUGCUCGUGGUGUACGUGCCAUGGCUCCAGCAAAUUUUCCAGACCGAAGCUCUGUCCCUGAACGACCUGGCGUUCAUCAUUUUCGUGGCCUCCAGCAUGGUGGCACUGGAUACUGCACGGAAGCUUCUUUUCCCCGACCGCCAGGGAGAGGCACCGGAGCACUUGGCCGGCGGCGUAAUAAAGUUUAACAACGACAAGAGGUAGCAGGGGCGGGGGAGGGGGGGGGGGGGNUGACCGUGGUAUCUACCAAGGGUACUCGUUCGGUCUCGAGUACAGUUAGGGUUCCCUCAACAUUUCCGCCGCAGGUGUGCGCCUAAAAGUUCGUGAUUAUUGCAAUGUAGUGCUGAUUUGACAUCGUGGGACUCUAGUAACAACCGCUGUCACUGUUUCAGCAUCGCGCUGUCCGGAGUUGAGCCCAAUGGGCCAAGCGUGUGUUGCUCUGUUUCUUGUGGUGCUUAAACUGGCGGAGUUGUCUAGCGUUGCACGUGCCCAGUGCUGAGCAACAUAUUUUCGCUGUCGCAACAUUGCGUUCCCCAACUCCUUGCCUCUACGAUUCGCGUAGCUCAGGCCCGACGCCAAGAUGAGCACACAAAUCGACGGUACCCUGCCACGUAGACGGUACCCACGAGAUGUUGAUACUGCAGG